UUACCCCGUACGUCGUUUUAUUUAAUCCGAGGUGGACAUUAAAUUACACUGGAGGCGUCGUGCGGAGCUUCCACGCCGGGAAAAGGUGAUGAGGCAACGCGGCUGAACAUGGAGCUUUUCUGGAUUUUAUUCUUCUCCGUCCUGCAGCGCUUCACACGAGCACAGGGGGUUUACGCUCCUGCGAAUGCACAGAUUGUUCACUCCGGUCAGGCGUGUGUGGUGAAGGAGGAUAACAUCAGCGAGAGGAUCUACACCAUUCGAGAAGGCGACACGCUCGUGCUGCAGUGCCUGGUUAAGGGACAUCCGCGGCCACAGGUCAGGUGGACCAAGACAGCAGGAAGCGCUUCAGACAAAUUCCAAGACACUCCGAUCUUCAAUGAAACCCUGCGCAUCGACAACAUCCAGAGGGUGCAGGGAGGCCGCUACUACUGCAAGGCCGAAAACGGGGUUGGGGUGGCUGCUAUCAAGUCCAUCCGGGUAGAUGUGCAAUACUUGGAUAAGCCCAUGCUCACGGUACACCAGACGAUCAGUGAUGUCAGAGGCAACUACUACCAGGAGAAGACGGUGUUUCUCCGCUGCACCGUCAACUCCAACCCUCCAGCUCGCUUCAUCUGGAAACGAGCCAACGUUCCCAUCGAACAGAGCAAAGACAACGGCGUGGACAUCUACGAGCCGUUAUACACGCAGGGUGAGACCAAAGUGCUAAAGCUGAAGAACCUUAGACCUCAGGACUUUGCGAACUACACGUGUCAGGUGUCUGUCCGUAACGUCUGCGACAUACCGGACACGUCGGUCACUUUCCGCUUAACCAACGCCACCACGCCACCAGCCUUGAAGCUCUCGGUCAACGAGACGUAUGUGGUGGACCCAGGCCAGGAUGUCACCAUGUCGUGUGAGGUUACAGCCGGUUUCCCCAUGCCUACUGUGACGUGGGCGAGGUACCCCGGCCCCCUGCCACGCCGUGCCACCAUCCGUGGUGGGUCUCUAACGCUGCGCUCCGUCACUCCAGCUGAGUCGGGUUUCUACAACUGCACCGCUGUCAACAACGUGGGGAACCCGGCCAGGAGAAACGUCAACCUUGUUGUUAGAACAAUGAAAAACCUGACAUUCCAGAUCACCCCUGAUUCGAACAAGGACGGCGAGAGCAUCCAAAUGGGUCGUGACCUCAAGCUGUCGUGCCACGUGGACGCUCAGCCCCAGGAUAAAGUCAACUACACCUGGUACAAGAACGCUGCCCCGGUGUCCCCAUCAGACAGUCUCAUCGUGCUACGCAGUGACCCGGACAUGCCCGCCGGCACCAGCAGCCUGGAGAUUGUGGACAUGAAGUUCAGAGAUCAAGCCACCUACAGCUGCGUGGCCAACUUCCCUGGAAGUAACGUUCCCGAACUCCGAGUGGACGUCAAUAUCACACAAAGCAGCGUAAUUCCUCCAGUCCUGACCGUACCUGUGGGUGGAAGUGUGGUCAACGUGAGCGAAGGUGGGACUGCAGACCUGGUGUGUUUGGUUGAGGGUAAGCCACGCCCACCAGUCCUCUGGUCCCGGGCUAACAAAGACAUGACCAUGCCGUCAGGCGACUGGAUGACGGAAACGCGCGAUGGACGCUUGCGUCUCACCAACGUCACACGGGAUAUGGCAGGGGCUUACCGAUGCCAAACGGCACCGUACAACGGCCUCAACAUCAAACGCAGGCUGGGGCAUGUGCAGCUCAACGUGGAGUACCCUCCUGUGGUGGACCCGGUGUCCCAGGAUGUCCGCUCUCCAAACUACAAGACGGUCAUUUUGCGCUGCCUGGUCCUCAAGUCCAAUCCCAACCGUAUAGCUAGCGCACGCUGGUAUCGGAACACCAUUCCCAUCCGCACUCCUCCUGUGGACCCUCAGGACGUCCCGCAGCUCCGCUUCAUCCUCGAUCCCACCAACAACGGCACGUAUGAGUGUAAAGUCAGCAACGGCGUCGGAACCUCUACUUGCACUUUCGUCGUCUCAGCUCGACCGUAUGUGGCUGAGUUUUACUACGACACGCCGAACCCCAUCCGCAUCCUGAAGGGCAGCAACUACUCCUAUAACUUGCAGUGGACGCAGAGAGAACCGAACGUCACGGACCGAGUCAUCGGCUAUGGGAUCAGCGUGCAACAGAUGGGUCAAAAGGUGAUGUCCAAGCAGAUCAACACCAGAGAGCCAGUAAAAGGUGUGCUGAUGUCAUACACCAUCACAGACUUGCGCAUCCCCGUGUCUUACGAGGUGGGUCUCACGCCCAUCACCGCCUUUGGUACUGGAGAUACCGUCACCCGGACCAUCCAGUACUCUGAGCCCUAUACUUAUCCAAGACCUUCAGAUCACGUGUGUGGUUUCGAGGAUGUGCGCAUUUGUGGCUUCUCCCAGGAUCGCAGUGACGUGUUUGACUGGACCAGACAAAAUCAUUUGAGUCAAAACCCCAAGCGCUCGGUCAACACAGGGCCUGACACUGACAGAAGUGGGACCAAAGAAGGUUAUUACAUGUACAUAGAGACAUCACGGCCACGUCUGAAAGGAGAUAACGCACGUCUCCUGUCUCCGCUUUACAACGUCACGGCGGCUCGAGGUCCCUCGGGCUCCAGCAGAGUCCCGUACUGCGUCUCCUUCUUUUACCACAUGAACGGAAAACACAUCGGAACUCUGAAUGUGCUCCUGCGUGUGAAGAGCAUUGCCACGGUGGAUUCUUUAGCAUGGACGCUCUCAGGCCACCAAGGUCCAAGCUGGAAGAAGGCUAACGUCGUGGUGUAUCCCAGUGGGCCAUUCCAGGUGGUGUUUGAGGGCAUCCGAGGCGAUGGGUUCGAGGGCGACAUCGCCAUUGAUGAUGUCUCCGUCACAAAAGGGAAAUGCAAGCAAGAGAUGCCACCUGCCACAGCGGUGCUUCCAGGAACAGCCCGAAGCCUUCAGCCUGUUACACUGACCGAGCUGCUAGUUAGCUCUAUGUGCCUCUACGUCCUGCUCUUCUCCAGAUGAUGGACGAUACAUCAAUUCAUCCCCUCGCUCCCACCGCCACCCCCUCCCUUGUGGCAUCAACCAACACUGCCCAGAUAUGUUCCUUCCCUCUUCCCUCCUUUCCUUUCAUACUUCCCUUGCUCUUCCUCACCUGGCCAUAUUUCAUCAUGCUUGGCCUGACUACGCUUCUCCUGCACUUGCCAUUGUCUCCCUGUGCAGUCUCUAAAUUUAGCCCUGCAUUCUCAAUGGCUUACCAUCAUACCUCAACCCCUUUGCUACGACUGCUACAAGUCGAAACCACAUUCAUAAUAUUCCUAACAUUUACAACGCAUCAAUGAAUGUUCACGUAUAUGUGUGUUCGUUAUUUCUUUCCUCCCUUCCCUUCCCUUCCCUUCCCUUCCUCUCCACCCUCUCUGUGUUGCUGACACACCAAAGUGUCAAUUAUGCUACCAAAGAUGAUGGCGGUUCUUCAGACGAGGCGAAGUUCGGGAGCAAACCUGGGUUCAAAUGCCCUUGUGAAUGCCUGUCUCUCACCCCUAAGACUGUCCUGCGCAGAAAUGUGAUUCUCGUGAUGGAUUAGCAGAAUGUAGGGUGGAGAAAGUGAAAGCGAGGAUGGCCAAAUGAAACGAGACUUAACCUCAUGCUGUCUAUUUGGAUAAGCUGAAUAGAAAAGAACCUGUACAGUGUAUAUGAUAUAUUACCUAAGUAUCAACACAUGGACAGUGACUAUUACUUCUGAGACUAAUGACGACUCAGACUAUGAUAAAGUUAAACUAAACUAAAGAAGCACAAAUUUAUAUGCUUUUUUUAAUCACUUUGGUUUCCCCAUGUGGUAUUUUGUCCAGCUACAAAUUUGCUGUAUGCCUUGUCCCUUAUUAUAAAUGACAUUUCCUGCCUUGCUGCUGAUCAGAAUGGUGGACUGAACUUCUUAUCAGUAACCCUAUACUGGACAUGUCUACCCCUUGUCCAACUAUCCUCCAAGACAACUAUCCUCCAAGACAACGGCAAACCCGUAUUAUCUACACAUUUAAACCGCAUGCCUGAGCAUUGGCCAAUCAGUGACGGACUAACGGACAUCAGAAUCAACUGAUUUCCCCAGGAGGAUUACGUCCAUAAGAACUCCAAAUGCAGCCUUCCCAGAAGGUCUCCGCACUCCGUAUGUCUGACCUGACGAUCCUUCAGAGAAUAAGCCAAGUUGUGGAACAGGAUCUCUGUAAUGAAGGUCCAUCCAGGCAUUUAAAGAGCUGCUGAAAAUGAGUGCCAUUUUCCGACUUUACACCUUAAAGUGCGGACAUUCAAAAAGGAAGCGGACCAUGCUGCCAGCAAGCGAGGAGACAUCUAGUUUUGGCACAAAGGAACUAGACAUUAAUAAAUAAUGCACAUCCACAUUUCAUAUUAAGCAAUACAGCAUAAUAAUGAUUCUUUGAAGCUGAGCACAUGUUUAGCGAAAUGUGCCAUCGUAGUUUACGCUUUGAGUCAAAUGUAUCAUAUGCUUAUUCCGACAACUCGUACAUUUCAAACUUUAACUGUGAACCAUUUCUUCUGAUUUGUCAAGUCUAAGGUCCCAGGGAGUGCAUCAGGGUUCUCUAUUUGGUCCUCUGUGAAUGGCAUUUACUCACAAUUUAUUAAUCAAAUGACCAUGAAUGCCGAUUUUUGUGGACUUUUU